UCGCGGCCCCGGGGGAGGGGAUCCCGAAGAUCCCAGAGGAUCCCAUGGAUGCCCCGAUCCCACAGGAGAUCCAGGGGCUCCUGGAAGAGGCCGAGGAUUUCCUAAGCCGGGCUUUGCGGGAGGAGCCGCUCAGCGCGCGGGCGCGGGCGCGGCGCGACGCCAUCCUCCGCUCCUUCCAGCGCCUCGGAGCCAGGUACCACCUGGAAUUCCCAUCCCGAGGAGGGGACGAGCAUGAUGGACAUGACGGCUCCGAGGAAAAUCCCAGCUGGAAUUUUGGCCCUUCCCGGAUUUCUCCGGCCUCGUUCCCGACAGAAUUCCAGGAUGAGGGCCUGGAGGAGACCCCCCGGCCCAUCCAGGAUUCCUGGAAUAUUUUGAAGCAAGGAUACCUGGAGAAAAGAUCCCGAGAGCCCAGCUUUUUCGGCUCCGAGUGGCACAAGCGCUGGUGCGUCCUCACCCAACGGAAUUUCCUCUACUACGCCAACGAAAAAAGCAAGCAGCCCAAAGGCUCCUUUCCCAUCGAGCGCUACCAGGCCCACCUGGAUUCCCAGCUCCGGAAAGAUUCCCGGAAAAAAUGCUGCUUCCAGCUGCUCUGUCCCGGAAAACGCUCCUAUGAGUUCACAGCUCCGAGCCCGGCCGAGGCCCAGGAUUGGGUGGAGCAGAUCCAGUUCCUCCUGAGGGACCUCAGCUCCCUGACCAUUCCCUGCGAUGAGGAUGAGGAGGAGGAGGAGGAAGAGGAAGAGGAGGAUGAGGAGGAGGAAGAGCUCUCCAAGGACCGGGACAGCUCCGAUUCCAUGAACAAUUCCCAAAAUUCCACCCUGAAUCCAGAGGAGCCGGAGCUGGAAGGCGACGACAUCUACGAGGUGCUGCCAGAUGAGGAGCUGGAGCCGCCAUUCCCGGAGGAUGAGGAGAAUUUCGGGAGCGAGGAGGAAAAUUCCGACUGGGAUUACUCCAAUUAUUACCAGGGAUUGUGGGAUUGCACCGGAGACAAUCCCGAUGAGCUCUCCUUCCAACGGGGCGACCUCAUCCGCAUCCUCAGCAAGGAGUACCCCGGGCACGGGUGGUGGGUCGGGGAGCUCGGCCAGGAAAUCGGGAUCGUGCCCAGGGAAUUCCUGGCGCCCGCCUUCGACCUGGAGCAGUGACGGGACAGGCGGGACCGGGAACGGCGGCAUGGGGACAACGCCAGCCCGGCCCACGGCAUUCCCUGGAUCCCAAAUCCCACAAAUCCCACAAAUCCCACGGGAUUCCCGCAGCAGAGCCACGGGUUUUAUCCCAAAAAUCCCCCCCGGAGCCAUUCCACGGGGAAACUGAGGCACGCAUCCUGCUUUUCCCAAAAAUCCCAAAUCCCCUGGAGAUCUCCUGCUCACCAUCCUGCUUUUCCUGGGUCAAUCCCAAAUGCCCUGGAGAUCCCAAAUCCAGGUGUUCCCCUAUCCCAAAUCCAGGUGUUCCCCUGUCCCAAAUCCAGGUGUUCCCUUAUCCCAAAUCCAGGUG